CGAGAAGCGAAGCAGCCCUCUUCCACCUGAGAGGGCUGGUGGCGGUGGGGGAGGAGGGGCUGACUGGAGGUACUUCCCGCAGGCUCUCCUCCUCCUCCCCACUUGCGGAAAGAGAGCAAGGAGUUCUUGAACUUUAGGGACUCUUGGGGCCAAAGAGGCCGGCGCGGCGGCGGGAGCAGCAACAGACGGAAGGAGGGGCAAACCCUCCACAGAUACAACCCCCUCCUCUUUGUCCCCCUUUGGCAACAGCGUCGCUGGGACUCCGGCCAGACUGCCUCUCGGCUGCUUCUAGAGAGGCGCUUGCUUUGGUCUCUCUCCCUCUGUCUCUCUCAAGUGCAUCGCGGAAGGAGCUAAGGGGGGCUCCAGGUGAGGACGAGGAGGGGGAACUGCAGUGUCCCAGCUCAGCGUUGCAACGAGAGUUCUCAGAUUAUGCUGGCAAGUAGCAGCGGCGGCAGCAGCAGCAGGCUCCCACAAUGAGAGGGGAGGUGCUGUUCUUCACCGCACUCCAUGCUACUUUCUUUGCUUCAGCACAAGUUAUGGCUCAGGCAAGGGAGAGAGUGAUCUGCACAAAUGUCUACACGGCUGAUGUUGUAUUCCUGGUGGACGGAUCCUCUAGCAUUGGAAGGAGCAACUUCCAAAUGAUCCGAGCCUUCAUGGAGGGGCUGGUUGCUCCUUUUGUCAAUGUGGUGGGUGAGAGAGCGGUGCGCUUUGGAGCUGUGCAGUACAGUAAUGACCCCAGGACUGAGUUCACAUUAUCCAAAUUCCGCAAUGGGACAGAAGUGAUGAGGGCUGUCCGAGAGAUGGAGUACAAGACUGGGAACACACGGACGGGUGCAGGCCUUCGCUAUGUGGCUGAUAACUUCUUUGACGCCAGUCAGAUUCGGCCCAAUGUUCCAAAGAUCUGUAUCCUCAUCACAGAUGGAAAGUCUCAGGAUGAAGUUGAGCAGGCAGCAUCAAAGCUAAAGGAUCAAGGCAUUAAAGUCUUUGCUGUGGGCAUCAAGAAUGCAGACAGCAAGGAGCUCAUCACAGUGGCUUCCACUCCCACCAACGAUUUUUUCUUCUAUGUCACUGACUUUAAAAUUCUCUCCACUCUCUUGCCAUUGAUGUCACGGAGGGUGUGUGCCAGCACAGGGGGCAUCCCACAGACAACAGACACAGAGGCAUACGGCGGCCCCUCAAACUUGGUCUUUGUGGAGCAGGGAAUGGACAUGCUGAGGAUCCGCUGGACUACAGCUGGAGGUCCUGUAACAGGCUAUAAAGUCCAGUAUGUGCCUCUCACAGGCCUGGGGCAGCAAAUAACAGCUGAAAGGCAGGAGAUUGGUUUGGGACCUGGUGAGACGAAUACUGUACUACAUGGCUUGAGGAGUGGAACAGAUUACCUGGUCACAGUUAUUGCUCAAUAUGCCAACAGCAUUGGAGAAUCUGUGUCUGGCAAAGGACGUACCCAGAUCCUGUCCGGAGUGACAAAUUUUCGAGUCUUGGAAGCAGGACCAUCCUUCCUUAGGCUGUCCUGGGCAGCUGGUCUGGAUGCUGUACAGGGCUACAGGCUCACAUAUGUGGGCAGAGGUGACACUCAGCCUGAGGAGAUCAAUCUUGGGCCGAGUGCUACAUCAGUCUUGCUCAGCAAUCUUCGGCCCAACACUGACUAUAUGGUCACACUCUACCCCAUCUACCCGCGUCAUACAGUAGCACCUGCCGUAGUUAGUGGCCGUACAUUGAGUUUGAUAGGAGUGCAACAGCUAUCUGCUUUGAACAUCUCCUCCCAUGGCAUGCUGGUGACCUGGCGGGGUGUGAGUGGAGCAACUGCAUACCGUGUUACCUGGGGACUCCUCUCAGGUCAGGAUGUGCAGGAAGCUGAUGUGGAUCCUAGCAAGAACUCCUACUUGUUAACUGGACUGCAGCCUGACACUGAUUACGUGGUGACUGUUGCUCCAGUCUAUGGGCAGAUGGAAGGGCCAAAAGCCUCCAUUAGGAGGAGAACUGAAACCAUUAUACUCCAGACUCUGAGAAUUGUCACUAUUGAUCCAACAUCUAUCCAGUUGGCCUGGAACAUCAUCCCCAAUGCCCGGGGCUAUCGGCUGGAAUGGAGAAAAGCAACAGGUUUGGAGCCCCCCAAGACUGUGCCCUUGCCUACCAAUGAGAACAGCUAUACUCUGACAGGGCUACAGCCAGGCACUGAAUAUCACAUCACCCUCUAUACCUUGUAUGAAGGCAAGGAGGUGGCCACACCAGUUACUAUCUUACAGACUGGGGUGGUGCCAUCAGUGGGCAGCAUCUCUGACUUAAGGGUCAUUGAAACUUUGGGAAACCGAGUCCGACUGGCCUGGACGGGUGUCCCAGGGGCCACAGGGUAUAAGAUUGUACUACGCAAUACCCAGGAUGGCACAGAGAAGAUUCGGCAUGUCUUGGGCUCCCAGACCACUGAGGACCUGGCUGACCUGAAAGAGGAUGUCUCAUACGUGGUGCGUGUAUCAGCUUUUAUUGGCAACCGUGAGGGUAGUUCUGUUCCUCUCAACAUCCGCAUCCGGCCAACAUUUCCAGACAGUGUAUCAAACCUGCGCAAGUCGUCAGUGGGACCAGGUCACAUUCGGCUCUUGUGGACGCCUGUCCCCAGGGCUACAGCUUACAAGCUGGUGAUUGUCAACACCCAAGAUGGCUCUGAGGAGACUAGACGGAUCCCUGGUGACCAGAGUUUCUUUGAACUGCAGGAUCUGAAGGAUGGCGUCACGUACUUGGUGCGAAUAACAACACAAUUGGGCAGUCAGGAGAGCAUCCCUGCCACCAUUACUUUCCAAAUGGAACGCCCAUCUGUGGGCAGCGUCACCAACCUACAAGUGGGUGCCAUUGGACCCAGCCAGUUGCGGGUGACAUGGAAUCCAGUUGCUGGGGCUACUGGAUAUAAGGUGACAUGGCGGCUGAGAGAUGGUCAAGAAUUUUCUCAAGUCCUUCCAGCUGCUGCAAGCUCCUACACUAUUGAGGGCUUGAGGCCCAGGACCUACUAUAUUGUUGGGGUCUCAGUCUUGGUUGGCAACAGAGAAGGGAGUCCGGUCACCACUACAGCUGCCACAGUCUCUGAUCAAGUGGGAAUGGUCACCAGCCUGAAGGUCCUGGAAUCCACAAGCAAUGAUGUACGAGUCACAUGGGUUGGUGUGCCUGGAGUUACAGCGUACAGAGUGGUGUGGAGCCGGCGUGAUGGUGGACCUGAAAACAGCAAGUUGGUCUCAGGAAAUACAAAUUCUUUUGACAUCCAGAACUUGGAACCAGGAGUCAGCUACACAGUGAAGGUCACUGCACUGAUUGGCAACCGUGAAGGAGACCCUGUGUCUAUCAUUGUCACCACACCAAUGGUCUCGGUUCAACCAGUUGGGAAUCUGCGUGUGACUGACUCCUCAGAAAAUCAUAUCCGAGUAGAAUGGAGCCCAGCCCCAGGAAGCUCAGGGUAUCGGCUUACCUGGCAGCCAGCAGGUGGUGGACCAGAGAGGAGCCAGCUGCUGCCAGCCAGCAUCAACACCUAUGACAUCAAAGACUUGCAGCCAGGAGGGCGUUAUGAAGUCAGCAUCACCAGCCUGGUGGGCAACCAGGAGAGCAGAGCUGUGGCCAUUGUUGCCAGCACUGCAGCGGUGGGCCGUGUGACCAAUUUCAGGGUGGCAGAGACUCAAAAGGAUGCUGUGAUUUUGACCUGGAUUCCAGUUCCUGGGGCCACUGGCUAUCUCCUCACAUGGAAAUCUGCACGAGAUGGAGGAGAAGCACAAAGAACAUUGCCUGGGUCGGCAACAUCCCACCAAGUGUCUGGGCUGCGCCUGGGUGAGAGAUACACCUUCACCAUCCGCCCAUUGUUUGGGAGCAUCACAGGUGCUGAGACUUCUGUGACUGACCGCACAGUCUGCCGAGACAGCCGCAGUGACAUAGUUUUUCUUGUGCAUGCAACUCGAGACAGUGCCUACAAUGCGGAGGUCGUGCAGAGCAUCCUCUCCAACACUGUAUCUGCACUGGGCCAACUUGGCUCCGCUGCUACCCAGGUGGGUAUUGUGCUUUACAGCUUCCGAGGCCUCCCAUUACUCCUGCUGAACCGCUCUAGUGACCAAGCAACUGUCCUGCAGCAUAUCCGCUCACUGCGCUAUGAUGAGCCUAGCGGCAAUGCCAUUGGAGAUGCCAUUAAUUUUGUCAAGACCUACAUGCUGAGCCCCAGUGCAGGACGCAGACCCGGUGUGCCAGGAACCCUGGUGAUACUGGCAGAUGGGCCAUCCAGUGAUGAUGCCAUUGGGCCGGCCAGGGAGAUCAAGGCUGCCGGGAUCCAUGUGCUGGCCGUUGGCAUGAAUGGGGCUGAUCGCGAGCAACUGCGCCGCUUGGUAACCAAUGAAGACCGACACAAUGUUUUCUUUGUGAGGAGGGACUUGAGCAGCCUGCCAGAGGUAGAAGAGGGGCUUGCCAGUGCCCUCUGCAGGGCACCCACCAAUGGAGAGCCUAGACCAGAGCCCUGUGCUGUGCAGUGUCCUAAGGGUGAGAAGGGCGUGCCUGGUGAGAUUGGGCGGAAAGGACGCGCGGGACUUCCUGGCCCUCCUGGAGAUCCGGGACACAAUGGGAUCCCUGGUCCUCCUGGUGCAGUCGGACCUCAGGGUCCCCCAGGUGAUGCCACUGAACGGCGGGGCGAGAAAGGAGACAGGGGAUUCCCAGGAGCUGAUGGAGUUCCAGGAAAUCCCGGCCGUCCUGGUAACCCUGGUUCUUCUGGACAACCAGGCAGCCCUGGCCUUCCCGGUCUCCGAGGAGUUCCAGGAGAGCGUGGACUAAUUGGCCCUACUGGGCCGAAAGGUGAGCCGGGGGAGCCUGGAGGGAUUGUAAACGGAGGAGGAGUUGGGCUUCCUGGCCGGAAGGGGGAGCCUGGCAGUCCGGGAAACCUUGGACCUCCUGGGCCCAGGGGACCAUUUGGUGAUCCUGGACCUCCUGGGCCUUUGGGACCUCCUGGGCCUUUGGGACCUCCUGGGCCUGUGGGACCUGCUGGCGAGUUUGUCAAGGGAGAGAAGGGCGACCGAGGUGAGCGAGGACCUCCUGGAUCAAGUGAUGGGGUUGCAGUCAGAGGAGAACCAGGAACCCCAGGUGUGCCUGGAGAUCCUGGGCCUAGAGGAUCUCCUGGACUCGCAGGACAAAAAGGAGACAAGGGAGAUGGAGAAGAAGGUUUUCCUGGACCACCUGGGCGCACCGGAGACCCAGGAGAUCGGGGCCCUAGAGGACCUCCAGGUGAACAUGGAAGCAAGGGAGAUCGUGGCCAGCCUGGUGACGUUGGACCAUCAGGAGAGAAGGGAGAGCGUGGACCACCUGGCCCUGAAGGAGGGAAGGGAGAGCAAGGACCCUCAGGCCGCCUAGGCCCACCUGGCAGAGAUGGCUUGCAAGGACCACCUGGACUUCGAGGAGAAAGGGGAGAGCCGGGAGAGCCUGGUGCACCUGGGAAGCCAGCUUCCAGUGUGUCAGGAAUCAAAGGAGACAAGGGGGAGACAGGUGUUGCAGGACCAGAAGGGCUGCCUGGACUCAGAGGAGAUCCUGGAAACAAAGGAGAACGUGGGUCUACCGGACUUGGUGUCCCAGGCCCACCUGGUCCAAAAGGAGAGCAAGGGGACAGGGGGUUUGUUGGCCUGACUGGCAAGACUGGCACAAAGGGUGACCCAGGAGACCCAGGUGAGAGAGGAGAGCCAGGAAGGCCUGGACCUGCUGGACAGAUUGGCCAGAGAGGAAAAGAGGGUGAAAGAGGUGACAAAGGAGAAGAAGGGAUCCCAGGCGAGCCAGGUCUACCUGGCAAACCUGGAGAGAAGGGUCUGCGGGGCCUGCCAGGAAGCCGAGGGCUCCCUGGUGAGAAGGGGGACCAGGGGGACCCAGGUGAAGAUGGGAGAAAUGGCACUCCUGGAGCACCAGGGCUGAAGGGUGACCGGGGAGAUCCUGGUCAACCUGGACCCCCAGGCCAGACAGUGGGACCUGGAGGAGGAGGGCAAAAAGGCGAGAAGGGGGAGCUAGGGGACCCUGGAGAGGAUGGAAUGAAAGGUGUGAAAGGAGAUGCUGGUUUACCUGGCCUAUCAGGAGAACGGGGAGUUGAAGGCUCCAGAGGUCUACCUGGAGUUCGUGGUGACCCUGGAGACCGAGGCCCUGUGGGAGAGAAGGGUGACCGAGGCCCUCCAGGACUGGAUGGCCGGAAUGGAUUAGAUGGGAAGCCUGGGCAAAUAGGGCCUGCAGGCCAAAGGGGUGAUCCAGGGAAGCCAGGUGACGCAGGCAGAGAUGGUCUGCCAGGUCUGCGUGGUGAGCAGGGUCCUCCCGGAGCAAUUGGCCCCUCAGGACCUCCAGGGUUGCCUGGCAAACCUGGUGAUGAUGGCAAACCUGGGCUGAAUGGGAAGAAUGGUGAAGACGGGACAGCAGGAGAAGACGGGAGGAAGGGGGACAAAGGUGAAGCUGGAGCACCUGGCCGAGAUGGUCGGGAAGGUGUUAAAGGAGAGCGAGGGCCCAAUGGACCUCCAGGUUCUCCAGGGCCACCGGGUGUUCCUGGCAUGCCAGGACAAGUGGGUCCACCAGGCCAGAGCAUGCCGGGCCUCCCUGGGAUUUCAGGACAAAAGGGAGACAGAGGGGAGCCUGGAUCCAAAGGAGAGCAGGGAAGACCAGGGGAAUCUGGGCUGAGAGGUGAGCCUGGGACAACACCGAAUGUUGAACGUGCCUUGGAAGCCUAUGGAAUUAAGAUUUCCUUACUGCGGGAGAUCACUGGUGCCUAUGAUGGGAGUUCUGAUCAAUUCUUGCCUAUCCCUGACCGCCGGAGAGGCCCAAAGGGUGAAAUCGGGGAUCAAGGAGAAAGGGGGCCACCAGGCAAAGAGGGACUCAUAGGCUUCCCUGGAGAAAGAGGGCCAAAGGGAGAUAAAGGAGACCAAGGCCCACAAGGCCCAACAGGGCGUGCUAUUGGAGAGCGGGGACCAGAAGGAUCCCCUGGCCAGCCAGGGGAGCCUGGGAAACCUGGAAUACCAGGGGUGCCAGGCAGGGCAGGAGAACUUGGGGAGGCUGGCAGGCCUGGAGAAAAGGGUGAUCGGGGUGAGAAAGGUGCACAGGGAGAGCAGGGCAGAGAUGGUUUACCAGGACCACCAGGACCCAAGGUAGAUGCAAUUGAUGGGAGCCUCUCAGGGCUUCCAGGAGACCGUGGGCCUGCAGGACUCAAGGGAAGCAAGGGAGAGCCAGGAGAAGAUGGCGAGAGAGGCUCUAGAGGCGAUAAGGGUGACGCUGGGCAGAAGGGGGACAAAGGCGAAGCUAGCGAGAGAGGCAGGGAUGGCACUCCAGGCCUUCCAGGAGAAAGAGGCCUUCCUGGCCCAGAAGGCAAAGCAGGCCUGCAGGGUUUUAGAGGGCCACCCGGCCCAGCUGGUAACCAAGGAGAUGCUGGACCACCAGGCCCUCCUGGUCCUGUCGGCCCUCCAGGCCCUCAAGGCCUAUCUGGAAUAAAGGGAGACACAGGAGUGCCUGGCUCCAGCAUCCGGGGUUUACCAGGCCCCCAAGGAAAUGUUGGACUCCCAGGAUCACCAGGACACCCUGGACUUGUGGGUCCACAGGGCCCACCUGGAUUACCAGGACAAGUGGGUGAACCUGGGAAGCCAGGUGUGCCAGGAAGAGAUGGAGUACCUGGGAAAGAAGGGGAACCUGGACUGCCUGGGAAAAUGGGUGUCCCAGGACCUGUAGGACCUGCUGGCCCCAAAGGAGAACCUGGGGAUGCUGGACCCUCAGGACAAGCUGUUGUGGGGCCUCCUGGAGUGAAAGGAGAGAAGGGUGCACCAGGUGAUUUGGAGGGGGAAAUUUUUGGAAAACCGGGUCCAAAAGGUGAUCGAGGCAUUCCAGGCCCUCGAGGAGAAAAGGGUGAAGCCGGGGAUCAGGGGGAAUCUGGAGAUCCCGGAGAAGAUGGAGCCAAAGGAUCACCUGGGAUCAAGGGAGAAAAGGGUUCACCUGGGAUUGGCCUCCCGGGACCUCCUGGACAAAAUGGACCUCCAGGUUUAAAGGGAGACCCUGGCUUGCCUGGCCUCCCAGGACCUCCAGGUUUGCCCGGUGUGGCUGGGGUUCCAGGACAGCCAGGUCUGAGAGGAGAAAAUGGACUGAUUGGCCAACCAGGACCUUUAGGAGAGAGGGGCCUGAGUGGCUUGCCUGGAAGAGAGGGCACUGCAGGAUCUCCAGGGCCACCUGGGCCACCAGGGCCACUGGGUGCACAAGGCAUCCCAGGAGUGAAAGGUGACAAGGGGGGCACUGGUAUUGGACAGCCAGGUGCUAGAGGUGAGCGAGGAGAUCCAGGACCACGGGGUGAAGAUGGGCGCCCAGGGUUGGAGGGCGAUCGUGGGCCUGCGGGUCCUCCAGGAAACAGAGGAGAGAGAGGUGACAAAGGAGAUGUUGGGCUUAUGGGGGCAAAAGGAGACAAGGGUGAUACUGCCAUUGUGGAGGGCCCAUCAGGUGCUCGGGGGAACAAAGGGGAGACAGGAGACCGUGGCCUAAAAGGAAUGGAAGGGGAGAAAGGUGACAAAGGAGACCAAGGCAUCCUUGGAGAGAAGGGAGUGAAAGGUGAGCAGGGAGAGAAAGGAUCAACAGGAUUCCCAGGUGCACGUGGUCCUGGCGGACAGAAGGGUGAAGUUGGUGAGUCAGGAGAGCCAGGAGAGCCGGGUCAACCUGGGAAGGACGGCAUCCCAGGAACCAGAGGGGAGAAAGGAGACAUGGGACCUAUUGGGAUGCGAGGUCCAAAGGGGGACCGAGGAAUGAAAGGAGCCUGUGGUCAAGAUGGAGAUAAGGGGGAGAAAGGAGAGCCGGGCUUGCCAGGCCGAAUGGGACUUGCUGGAAGGAAGGGUGACUCUGGAGAUGUGGGCAUGCCUGGAACCCCAGGAAUCCCUGGGAAAGAAGGUCUCAUUGGACCCAAGGGUGACAGAGGAUUUGAUGGCCAGCAGGGAUCCAAAGGAGACCAAGGAGAGAAAGGGGACAGGGGUGCUCCAGGCAUUAUUGGUUCUCCAGGACCCAGGGGCAAUGAUGGACCUCCUGGACCUCCUGGGCCUCCUGGAAGCAUUGGCCCAAAAGGCCCAGAAGGGAUUCAGGGGCAGAAGGGUGAAAGAGGGCCCCCAGGAGAGUCAGUUGUAGGAGCCCGUGGAGUUCCAGGUGUGUCAGGAGAAAGAGGAGAGCAGGGAAAUCCAGGGCUUGAUGGCCCCAGAGGAGAGAAAGGAGAGCCUGGCAUGCCGGAAGAAGAGGUCCGUAUGUUUGUCAGGCAGGAGAUGAGUCAGCACUGUGCUUGUGGAGGCCAGUUCUCCCCUCCUGAACGACGUCUCCUCCCCAACUAUCCAUCCACCCAACCACUCCCAUCUGUAAAAGCUCAAAUAGUCCCUGUGCUUAAGUUGUCCCAUGCUGAGGAAGAGGAAGGGAGCCAGGCACGGAACAUAGUGAACAUUGAUGAACCCGAGUAUGAGUACAUCUACACAGAGGAGGACUAUGAUGAGGGCUUGGGAACAGAUGGGACAGAGACCCCAAUGCUGAGGGAUGAAGUAAUGAGCCCAAGGGCAGCCCCCAAGCAUGGACGGCAAAAGAGAGCUCCCUCUGAGGAAGCUGAGCCAUGUGCCUUGUCCCUGGAUGAAGGAGACUGCAACACAUACACACUAAGGUGGUACUAUAACCAAAGAGUAUCUGAGUGUCGGCCGUUCAUCUACAGCGGUUGCAAGGGUAAUUUCAACCGCUUCGACUCCAAGGAGGAUUGUGAACUUCAGUGCAAGCCACAGGCUGAUGCAGGUGGCAGCACAUUGGAUGGGAACAGAAAUGUAUAAAUUCUUAAGCGCGUUUCCUAUUCUGGGAGAACUGGAGGACUGACCAAAAGAAGAGUCCCAGACUUUGAGGCUUCCAAACCAUUCUUAGCCUGCAUAAGGUCUUAGACAUGUACAUACACAUGGUGCAUUUGGUCUGACCUUGCUGCCAUUUCUAUUCCCUGCAGCACAGUGGUGUGUGUGUGUGUGUGUGUAUUUUGUGUGUGCAUGUGCGAAUGCAUGUGUGUUGUGUGUAUGUGGGCUGCUUCAGCUGAAGCAGAGAAACGGUGCUAUUCUUUUUUUUAAGUAUUUUUGUUGCUCUUGAUUUAUUUUUUUAAAUUAAGGUGAAAUUUUUAUCAAAUGAAAAACAUAUGCAUAACCUCUUUUAAAUAUAAUAUAAAAAGAAAAUACAUAUUUUAAUUAGAGCUCUCUUAACUUAUUUGAUACUGGUCAACUGAUGACACAUGGAAUGUAUUGUAGCCAGACCAAACUCUCAGCAACUUGCUUCAGAUCAGGUUUAUAGACUUUGUGACCUUUUCCUCUUACAGUAGACUAGCAGAAAACCAGCCCGACGGUCUCAGCCAGACUGUUCCUAGGAGCUAAAAUGCCCUUUCAGCAAUAAGCAGGGCUAUGAGUAUCUGGACCCAGAAGUCCCAUGAUUCAUUAUCAAAGCUAUAAUUCUAUCAGUGCUCCAAAAGGUUUCUUUCUGUGAUUCUCCUGUGAAACUAAAUCACUCUCCAUCCCCCCAGUUUGUCAAAUGAGGUUUGAGGAGGGCAGCCAUGAUGUGCACAUCUGCAGAUCUGAUAGGAGUAAGAGUUCAUCACUUGGAAAGAACUGAUCAGAUAACAAUUCUUAUGGAUUGUUUGUUAAGAACAUAAGCAGGAGUAAUAAUAAGGCAGAUGAAGGCUGAUCUUACAGAGACCUCUAGAGGUAUUAUCUCCAUCUGAGUGCCUAGGCAAAUUCAUUGCUUAAUACCAAUGGCAAUAGAGAUUCCAUUUAGAUAUUGUGAGUAAUAGCCAUUGCUAGACCCAUCCGCUAUGCAUCUGCCAAACUUUCCAUUUGAGCUUGUGGCCAUCAUCGAAUCAAGUGGCGUAUGUUAACUGCAUUGUAGGACAUAAGCGCUUCCUUUUUCUGUUCUGAACCUACUAUCUAACAAUUUCAUAGUAAUUUUUAUAAUACUAAUUUUAUAAACCUCUAUCAUGUCCUCCUUUAAACAUCUUUAAAUGGCUUUUCAGUCCCUUAAGCACUUUGAUUGAACUGUUUUUAUACCACAGCCUUCCAGAUAAGUGGUUUUCAAUACUUACUUUCCCAUGGACCACUUGAAAAUCAUUGAAGGUCUUGGUGGGCCACCUAAUAAUAUUUUGGCCUGCUGUAAAAAUUAUAAUGUGCUUGCUACAUGCUGUACGAUUUUUACUUGUAUUUUAUUUCUUAUAUAUUGUAUUUUUUGUAUUACAAUUUGAAUUCUACAGAAUUCAGAUAAUGCAAUAAAAUGCAUUAUAAGAAAUAAAAGAAAUACAAGUACAAUUAAAAUAUGAAUAUUUGAUGCAACAGAUAUGCCAUCUCCUGUCUUCAACCACAAAUCCACAGACACAUCACAAACCACCUGAAUGCAGUAUGCAGGCCAUGAUGGUCCAUAGACCACAGUUUGGGAACAUUCCUGUUGAAAUCGUAACAUUUUUUUCAGAAUCUUAGGGGAAACACCCUCUUGUCUUGUGUAAAUAUUACUCUAAAAAAGUUCAUUUGAAGAAAUUUCACCUUAAUCCUGAACAGGAAGCAAUAGUCUCCAAUAGGUAAUACCAUAUUGGAAGACACUAAACAAAAAUAAGAGCACAUUUAUUUUGUAUGAGUGAAUUCUAUACGAAACACUCAUUUUCAUUGUCUUUUUUUUAAUCUGCUGAACAAUAUAAUGGAAAUAAUCAGUGAAAUGCUGAGAAUGGUGCUAGGCUGUUACUAUGUUGCAACCACUACAGGGCAUUUUAAAAAGCUUUGCAGUGAUGUCUAUUUCAACUCCGGUUUUCUGUUGUUAUCCUUUUUCAACACCUAGGAUUGCUAUCUCCCAUACUAAUCCUGCUUCUCUCCUUCCCCCUCAACUCUUUGACAUCCUCUAUGAUCUUACGUUCAGUGCAAAUUCAGAUAUAACAGCUAGGGUUUUUUUUAAGAUCUCUGAAGAAAAUUGGGAACAGCUCUCUAUAUAAACAUAUGACAUGUGUGCUGCUGUAGCAUAUAGCAGCAAAAAUGAGAGAGUGUUAUAUUUUACCACUGUCCUCGUGGAUAGAUCUGGUGCAGUUACAGUAAUCAGUUAGUAAUCCUAUAGAUAGGAAAGUAUCAAUUCAGAACCCACUGGACUAGUCCAGAGUAAAUAAGUUAUGGAUUGUUGUCUUUGAAGGAUGGUUAUUUAUCAUCCCAAUCUUAAACAUUUUUAUAGAAGUACAUUUUUCAUGGAAUUUACUUCCACCUUUUGGGCACCACCGAGACUAUUAGGCAUGCCUAAGUCCCAUGGUUUAAGUACACGGUACAAAUCAGUGAUUGGAUAUGCACAUAAUACUAAAUUAGUUAAGGCCAAUGCUUUUCUUAACUGGUUUGCAGAACAUGUGUGAUGCCACCAAAUUGUAAUGGUGCUUGCUAGCUCUGACAAGACUCUUUAAUCCCAAGGGACUCUGACCAUAACCCAGCCUUUUCCUAGUCCAUGAAGAGAUGUUGCAUGUCUUUCAUAUUUCUGUGGUGCAAAUGCAAAUAUGAUCAAAUGUAAAGGCAGCCUCCCAAAAUCAGAGAAGCAGAGCAUAGCUUUUGACAAAUUUUGACCAAAAAGUGACUCUGGUAGCAGUUUCGUACUGGAACCUGUGGACAGUUUUUGACUGAGUCACCGAAAGUGUUCAUAUUGAUCCUUCCUAUCUGUAGGAUACAGUUGACUAGAUUACAUGGCUUUAUAUGUCUGGUACUAUUGGCUGGAUGUUGUUGGCCUUCGACAGGAUGGCUUGGACUGGAUUACCUUGGGUCUAGGGUAGCCAACCUCCAGCUGCUAUGAACUACAACUCCCAUCACCCUGAUUAUUGGACAUGCUGAUGGGAACUGUAGUCCACAACAUCUUAAGGGCAUCAUGUUGUCUACACAUGCUUGCAGGUUCUUUCUAGCUCUUGUGAUUUUCUGAACAAAGGUAAAGUCACUGUCAAUAUAAACUUCCAUUUCCAAAGGGAUGAGAGAAAAUGACAUUUCAGUGGUAAUGUUUUGCCAGCACAUGAGACCUGUUUAGGCACCUUCAUUCGUUGUCUCAUGAUAAACCAGCUAUAUACUAUAUAAUAGUGUUCAGUGCCUCCUUCUUGUAAAGAGCAUGAACGUAUGAAUUUGACCAUUUUAACUUGAGAUGGCAGGGCUUCAACUCUGCAAAGAAAUCAUGUGUUCUGCUACUGCACUAUAGCUCUUCAUCUAUAUAUCAGUACCUUGUGAAUUCCAGAUGAGCAGCCAAGUUUAGUCUUUUAUAAAAACAACAAAGAGUCCUGUGGCACCUUAAAAGACUAACAAAUGUAUUGCAGCAUGAAAGGACACAGAGUCUGUUAAUAAAUCUCACUGCUUAGUUAUUCAAGUGGUCAAAAAGCAGCAGUUACAUCCUGACUUGUAUUUUGCUAGACCCCUGGAUAAUCUGUAAGGAGGAACUCAGCAUGGCCCUUGCUUUUUUCCCUCUGCACAGUGUGUUUGCUAAGAAAGCAAAGCAUUUUCCUCAAAUAGCACCACCCCCUUGGUGUACAUACGAUCUUUGCUGCCAUCAAUCACAGUUUUAUUCCAAGAUACUGAGUAUAGAAUAUAGAUGCAAACAUUACUGUUUCUUUUCUUGGUAAAAUGCCUCUAAUUAUGAUGUAUGGUGCAAAAUCCAAA